AUCUCCUGUACUGCUUUGACCUGUACUCUGUUUGUCCCCAACCUCCUGACAUCUUCUCCUCUGCCACAGGUGACCCAGGCAGCUUCUGCAUGAUAUGUAUCAUGCAGAGCCACGUGGCUCAGGCUUUUGCAAACAGUGGGAGCGUGAUAGAGCCAACGGCCUUUGUCCGAGACCUCAAGGAGAUCGCUGGGCACAUGCGCUUCGGUCAGCAGGAGGAUGCGCAUGAAUUCCUGCGUUACACCAUCGACGCUAUGCAGCAGUCCUGCCUGAGUGGCUGCACCAGGUUGGAUUGCGAGAGCCAGGCGAUGACAUUGGUCCACCAGAUCCUUGGCGGCUACCUGUGAUCCCGUGGUG